UUGAGCGCUGGCAGUGAAUUUUGGAACACGGCCUUUCAAGAUUCUCUUUGCUGGGCAUCACCAGACCUGUGAAAAUCGGUGUUAAUCGGCACUUAUCGGCAACCUUCGUUAGUAGUCGGGUAACUGUUGAAUUGAAAGUUGUAUCGCGGAAGCACGUGUUUGAUAUCAAUAGAACAAUUUGCUUGCGUAUGAAGUCCUUCAUUUAGGAUUUUUAAUUAUCUCACAUUUAAUACAUAUUUUUAUAAACAACCAUUAAAAUGCCACGCUCAACGAGAGAUUCGGAUGAGGAAAUAGAACCAAAGAUAGGCCGUAGAACACGACUGCUUACUACAUCAUCCAUGAUAGAUUCUCCAAUACGCCGUAGCAGCAGAAUAAAACAGUCUAUCAAGUUGCAAAAAUCUUCGCCAGAUUACGAAAGUGAUACCAGUGUUAGCAGUAGUCAAGCAAUUAGAACUACUAGACAACGAACAGCUACUAUGGAUUCUAUCACCACAGAGACAUUAAGAGGACGUUUGAGAAAACCUUCCAUUUCUUCAGAAACUAGUGAAGUAAUAGAUAUUGAUAUAGAAACUCCAUCCAAAAGACUUACAAGGAGAAGUUUAGCCAAUACAGCACCUAGUACACCUACUAAAGUCAGUGCUCGAAUAGCCAGUAAGCGCCUCAUACGUGCUGGAUCUGAGACAAAAUCAUCACCAUCAACUAGAACUACACGUAGAACAAGAGCUAGCUCUGUUGAUCCAGAAAGCAUGUCUGAUCAAACUAAAAGUUUAAUAAAUAUAUCAUCCAAGUCACGUAGACGAGCAUCUGUGUUACCAUCGCAAUCUCCAGUUAAGGAAGAAAUGGAAGAAAAGCAACAAGAACCUGGUACAAAGAUAGAUACUAUAUUAGAUGAAGUUAAAGAACUUAUAAGUUCAGGAAAGAAUUCCUCCUUAGAAAAAGCAACAUAUUCAGAAAACAGCCAAGAGAUUGAAGAAAUAGAUGAUACAAAUAAGAAUAAAAUUCAGAAGGAUGAUAGCUAUGAUGAAAUGGUAUCAACUUCAGCAUCAGAUAAAACGUUCCAACAAUUGGAAGAUAAUGAAAUGCAUAGCAAACAUACAGUUGUAACAAUAUCAGAUGAGAAGAAUCUUGAUAUGGUAAAAAGCAGCUGUAUAGAAAAUUCAUCAUCUAAUGUUGAUAUAAGUGAUGAAAUUCUCAUCGACGAUAUAAAUUCUCCGAAAGAUAAGGAAGAAAAUAAAUCCAGAAAAAUUGAGAACGAAGAAAUUGAGAAUUCGCUAAUAAACGCACAAAAAAAAUCACCUAUAAAGGAAUUAACAAUAAGGCUUGAAGAUGUACUUAAUACUACUCUUGGAGGACAAAAGAGAAGUCCUGGCAAUAAGGAAAAUCAAACGCUAAACAUCAUUAGUGAUAUAUCAUCUGAAAAGAGCACGGGGCCUGUUAUUACUAAUAUAACAUCAUUAAGCACCAAAUCUCUGACUACAGUCCUUGCAAAUAAACCAUUAAUUGAAAAAGAAAAUAAAAUUGCGUGUAACGAAUUAAGUAAACGUCGUCGGUCGAGAGAAUCUAUAGAAAUUGAAAUGAAACCUGCUGCCCUGUUGAAAGAAAGUAUUGCUAACAUUGAUAAAAUGCUAGAUUCUUUUAAAGACUCUUCAAAUCUCAUAAGCCAUAGUAAGAAGAAUAUAGGUAGUCCUUUGACAGAUGAUACAACCGAGAAUCAAAGCUUGGUGCACGAUGUAGACAAAAAAUCAAAUACAAGUGAUACAGUUGAAUCAGUUUUGUCAGUGGUUAACAAUGUAAAAUUGGUUGAGGAUGUUACUGAUGAUCAGAUAUUCGUUGAAAUAGUAAAUAAACCUAAUAAAAAUAUAACAGAAGUAGUUAAUAAAUUAGACAAAAAUGAUGCUAAAAUUUGUAGUGAAGUUAUUGAUACAAGUCAAGAAAGUUCGUGCUUUUCGAUUGUUAAUAAUAAUAAUGAGAUGAAAUUAGAAUUGGAAAAGUCAAAUGAAGCCCAAAAUAAAAACAAGUCACUGAAUGAAUCGAUGAAAACCAUAACAGAACUCAAUGUUGAUUGUUCAAAUGAAUCAAUAGAUGUUGAAAAUUGUAGCGACAAAUCUAUCGCAGUCGAUAAACCGACCUCUACAGCUCACGAUGAUGCAAAAGACAAUUUAUUGGACUCUGUAGAACAAAUAAAGAGCAAUAUAAAAGCAGAUGACACUAUUCAAAAUUCGCCAUCUCGUAAUACUAUGGAGGUUUCCGAGAAAAUCGUAGCAAAUACACAUGAAAAGAUAGAAUCUAUGAAUACUUUGUUGAAAACUGCUGCAACCUCAACACAGCAGAAGAAUGAAAACACAUCAGGUACAUCAGACAUAGGAAAAAAGAGUUCGCAGUUGAAACAAGAUCAAGAAGUUUCAGAAAAUAUAGAAGAUGAUGACGAGUAUAAUGCAGACCUUAUUAGCUUGUUUAAAGAUAUUCCGAAAGAAGAUGAAAACAAUACUAUUAGAAAAGACUCCAAUCCUCUUACAAUAGAAAAUGAAAGCGAAGCUGAAUGUGAUCUAGUUUUAGUAGAUAAACAAGCAUGGUUAGCUGCUGAAAGUAUGAAAGCAAUAAGGGAUAAAGAAGUUUUUGAUUAUGAUUCCGAUGAUACUGUAUUGAUGAAGAGCACUACACAAGCUAGUCAUAAAAAACGAUUGUCUACCAUAGAUGAAUCAUUACUAAUAAAUGUCGGUGAUGAUGAUGAUGAUGAUGAUGAUAACGAUAAUGAUAAUGAUAAUGAAGAAAAGCAAAAACAAGAAGAAAAAGAAAUAGCUAAAUCAAUUAAAACACGGAAAUCAUUGAUUAAAGAAAAAUCUGCAUCAGAAAAAAAUGAUUCUUCAACUAUAUGUAUAAAUGAAGAUAGUUCGAGUUCUAUCGAACUUUUAAACACGUCGAAGAAAGGUUUAAAUCGAAGUACUAAUCGAUCUGCCUCUGGAUUAAAUAAAUCAGGACAGGUAGCAGAUCAGUCUGUCAAAAUACUAGGUGAAUUGGAUGACGAAAUUAAAGAUAACAAAAACAGAUUAAAUAGGAGCUCACAAGCGCGUAGAAAUACUUUGCGAAAAUCAACUGAAAGAAGAGAAUCGUCGAGUAAAUUUUCAAAAGAUAUGUCUUUAAGGCAGAGUGCUCAAGGUGUGAAAAAGAAAUCUUUAAGUAAAUCUCAAGCGGAUGAUUCAGAGGAAGAAAUAGACAAUAUAAGAACAUGUACGGAAAAAAGUUUAAAGAAAAAAAAGCGGUGUUUAAAAAAAUUGAAAGUACGUAUUGAAGACGCAGAUAUUGAUGAAUCUGAAGAAGUCGAAUCUGAAAGCAAGAAUUCGUUGGACGAAGAGAGCGAGCAAAAGGAAGAUGCACUUAUAAAUUUAGAGGAUUUAGAUGAAAAUGAUGAAGUUUCGCAGAUUAAAGGCUUAAGACGUAAGAUAGGUGUGAAUUAUUCUACAAUAGCGAUCGCAGGUUCAAAUAACUCAACUAAAUCGAGCGACAAUACGAGUGACGAUUCGAUUAAACAUUAUGAAUGUGUACGUUCCUUAUUCGAGAAGAAUAACGGUACCGAUGGUGACGAUAGUAAUGGCGAUGAUGAUGAUGAUGGUAUAGGCAGUAUAGAUUCCGAUAUCAAGAAAGAAUAUAACCUGGAUGCAGCUGAGCAAGAACAUUCAGAUGAUAAUGUUCCCUACGAUGAAUGUAGAACUUCGGAAUCGGAAUCUUCAGAUUCUGAUGACGGUUCAGAUCUUGCUGAUUUUAUAGUCGCUGAUGAUGCGAUAGAAGAUGAUGGAAAAAAUGAAGGAGAUAACAGCGAAGAUGAUGAACAAGGAGAGGAGAAUGAAAUUCAAGAGGAAGAAGAACAAGAGGAAGUAGAAGAUAAAGAUGUAGACGAUGAACAAGUGGAGAAUGCAGAGGAAGAUGAAAAUGAGAAAUUUGUCAAAACAUUAGAGACAAAUAUUAGUAAGAAUAAUGCUUCUGAUAAUAUCGGCAAAAAUAAGAAGAGGAUAUCUACUGAAUAUACUGCACCUUGUCAAUUAAAAAUGAAAGAUACUAAAACAAAAAAAUCCGAUAUGAAGAAACUUAAAGAAACUAUUAUUUCGACUACAUCUGACUUGAAAUCUUCAAUUAAGAAAAAAAAGAAAUCGCACAUAAAUGAAAUAGAGCAGAGCUUGUUGAAGCAGUUAAAUGAAUCAGAAAUAAACAGAAAAAAGUUGCCAAGAGUAAUGCAUACAUCGAUGGAAUGUAGUACACCAAAGGCUAAUUCUUCUAAACAAGAAUUCGUAAAUGAUAUUGAAUCAGCUACGAUAGCGUUGGAAGCUGCAGAUAUGAAUGAAACAAUGCAACGUAAGAAAAGAUCAAGGAAAGAUUCCAUACCAAAAACAAACGUCAGCUCCAAAGAAUCUAAACAUAUAGAUGAAGAGGAAAUACUACACACUAGCUUGCCAUCUGAUUUACUGGAAAGAGUAGCAAAAAUGAAGCCGAGGUCCAAAACGAUUGCGCUAAAUAAAACGGUGAACAUUACUCACUCCGAAACGCCUACAAUAAGAAGCUUGAGAAAAGAAAAGUUGAAUGAAAGCGCUCCAGAAUUGAAAUUAAAAGAAACUAGUCAGCUGCAAAAGAGACGGUCAUCUAAAGAGGAAAAUAAUCUUGCACUAAAGGAAACAGACAAAACGGACGAUGAUAUUGACGAAAUGUCUAAUCUUGUAGCACUAUUUCACGAUGAGGUACAAGAAGCACAAGAAUCUAGUCAAUCUAAAAAACAGUGGAAACGCAAGAAGCAAGCGGAAGAAACAUUGAAUGAAAACGCAGAAAAUGUUCCAUCUCAAGAUACAAUAAAUUUAGAAAUUUUUCAGCAGCAAAAGAAGAAGAAAAAAAAUAAUGACAAGCUUAGUCAAAUAUUAACUGUAGAAGAAACCGUAGAAGAUCGCCAAGAUAUGUACCAGCUUAAUGAAAAAAAGAAGAAAAAGAAAAUUAAUGUAACUAAAAUAGAUGAAAAUACAAUGAAAGAUGAUAUACAGCAAAAUGAUACUUCUAAGAAAGAAAAAGAAAAGUUAUCUAUAGCACACGAUGAAGCAGAACAUAGUAAGAAGAAAAAGAAAAAGGACAAAAUGGUAGUUAAUGUAGAACGUGACAAUAUUGAACCUGUAGAAAGUAUGAUUGCAAAGAAAAAUAUUAAACGGCAAAAGACAAAGGACAAUAAAGAGUCUUUGUCAAAAAAAUCACUACAAAAGAAGAACAGAGCAAAGGAAAAGAAACAGAAAGAAAUAAAAGUGGAAGGAAAGAUUCCAUUACCUCAAGCUGAAGCUUCGACAUCCAAAUCGAAGUUGAGUAAAAAAACGGGAUCGGGAAAACCACCAGUGCAAAAUGUCUCGUCAGAAACGGUUGAAUCCAAAAAUAUUGCCUUUAAUAAAGCACGAAGCGAAGCGUUGGAAGCUAUCAAGUCUGCUGCAGAACGCAUUGAGCUCAAUAAAGAAUUAAAGAAGAAGAGAGAAAAUACUAUGAGUUUGACUCAGGAACGAGAUAUAAAUAUUCCUAUUAAAAAGAAGAAAACAAAGGAACAUUUUGAAGAAGAAAAACAGAAAAAUGUAAUGUCAUCUGCGGGCAGUUUGAAACGACUUCCAGAUAAUGUGAUCGAGAAACUUUCGGAUAUGCCAACACGAACGAAAAGACGAAAGCUUUCGCAAAAUAGGGAACAAGUAAAAUCAUUGUCAGUAAAAAACAGCGAAUUCCUUGAAUCGAAAAUGCAGGGUAAAAAUUUGAUUCCAUUGAGUUCCAACGGCAGUACUACACAGUUUACUAUAGUAAAUCUGUCGAAGACCAGAAAAGAACCGUCGGAUACGGUCUCUAAAGUAAUGUCGUAUAGACAACAGAUGCUGAAUAGGAACAAACGAGAACCUAUUUCUUCUUACCUGAUGUAUCUACAAAAACAGCGUUCAGCGUCAAAAGAUGGAUUUUCUGAUAAAGCAUUCUAAAGUUCAUAUUAUUUCAAUUUUGUUAGAUUUAUAUUAAUAUCUCAUUUGUUAAGUCCUAAACAUUAUAAUAGAUGAUUCCCUUAUAAUAACAAGACUAAAAAAUAAUGAUAAAAUUAACCUACAUCUUUUUAUGUUAUUACACGGUCUAGACAUUUGUAAUUUUAGCUUAAUGUUAUUCAGAAAUAAUAUUAAAAGCAGUUUACGUAUUUUUCAGUGUCAUAUAAUGUAGUAUAUUAUGUAUUUCAUGAAAGCU